AUGGCCGACCCCCCGCCGCCAAAGCACGUCUCGAUCGCCCCGCUGUUGAAAAAGCUGUCCGCCCCGUCCCCUCAGGACAACAGCGUCAAGGCCGAAGACAUCGCACUGGCCUUCUCGCGCACGUUCGAGAAUGAACUGAACCCCACGCAGCUCGCCGCCCUGCUCACGCUGUUGCACUCGACGGGCAAAGAUCGGCAUCCCGACGUGAUUGCCAAAUGUGCAGAAAGUAUGCGCGACGCCGCGGUACAGGUGGAUAAACAUAAAUUGAGAGAAGUCGUGCGGAAGAGGAAGCGCGGUGGUAUGGGUAUGGGAAGUUACAGAGGUGGACUGUGCGAUAUUGUGGGAACAGGUGGGGAUGCGCACUCGACGUUCAACAUCUCGACUACGGCUUCGAUAAUUGCGUCGCCGAUACUAAUGAUGGCGAAGCACGGGAACAGGGCGCAGACAUCCAUGUCCGGGUCAGCGGAUGUGUUGAAUGCUAUUUUGCCCAAGGCGCCCAAGAUAGAAGCGCUGGGCGCGGCGCUGUUGCCAGAGGCAUACGAGCAUACGAAUUACACGUUCCUCUAUGCGCCGAAUUUCCAUCCUGGCAUGAAGUAUGCUGCGACCGUGCGGAGGGAACUUGGACUGAGGACAAUCUUCAAUCUAAUGGGGCCCCUUGCCAACCCCGUGGAGACGCAUAUUGAAGCUCGAGUUGUGGGCGUUGCCUACCAAGAACUGGGCCCCGUCUUCGCGCAGGCGCUGCAACUGUCCGGCGCCACCAAGGCGCUUGUGGUUUGCGGGCAGGAAGAUCUCGAUGAGAUAAGUUGUGCCGGCAAAACGAACUGCUGGUUGUUAAGAGAAGCGGAGAAUCCAGAAUAUAGGGGCGAUCGGGAUGAAGAGGAGGAUACCAGUGACGACGAGGCGCCACCCAAAUACGUCUCCAAGGUGGAGAGGUUCGAACUUGAGCCCGCCGACUUUGGUCUACCUUCACACCCACUAUCGCAGGUUGGCGGCGGAGGCCUGCCUAGGCAAAACGCCGCCGUGCUGAUGAGCAUUCUGCGCAACGAGAGACCUCCCAAUGACCCGAUACUGCAUUUUGUGCUGAUGAACAUCGCCGCACUGCUGGUGGUGAGUGGCGCUUGUGAUGCCGAUAGCUGCGAAAGUGGUGAAGUCAUCACAGAGCGAGGGCCGGCAGGAGGAAGAUGGAAAGAAGGCGUGAAAAAGGCCAGAUGGUGCAUAGAAAGCGGGAAGGCUCUGAAAGAAUUCGACAAGUUCAUAGAGUUCACCAACCGAGUAUAG